AUGCCACAACGAACGUUUAAUUUUGAUAUUCCCUACAACGAAGUCAACGAACAUCCUUCAACCGCGAAUCUUACAACCUAUUCAGAAGACGUUGACGAUUAUAUUCAUCGAUUAGCACGCUCAGGAACAAGUUUAUCAUCACAACCUACUCUUACGGAAAAGACCAAAGCUUUCGUAGGAUAUUUCUUUAAUCAAAAGUCAAAAAGUCUCGGAUCAUAUAGCCCAAAAUCGGAUACGCAGUCAGACAAACGCGCAGAAAGCGAAUACCUCGAAGCCAACCAAGACAACAACAAAGACGGUGACGAAACAAUUACUACUACACCCCCGCUUACCCCUGGUCACUCUGCUUUAGGAUAUAAUUUAGUAGAGGCAACUCACAGCGCUCAGCAAUUGUAUACGGCGACAAUAUCAACGCCGCAACCGGAAUCUUCUACUGCAGAUAAGAAAAAUAAGGGUAAACAGAAGCAAGAAAUACCCGAAAUUUUGGUAGUAGCAGAUAUCGACCCCGAAACAGUUACGCCAGUAAAGAAGGUUCAGAAACCAAAGAAGGCUAAACCAGCCCAAAAUCCGCCAAUUCAAAUAGCAGUACCUAAUCCAAAUCCGCCCAUUAAUAAUCCCCCGCAACAACAGCAAUUAGACGACGACGAAAUGGCACAAACAACCUACCCAGUUUUCGACGGCACUAAUCCGCGUAAGUGGAUUUUUGAUAUGGAGAUAGCCUUCAUCGCCAACAAUAUUCAAGACGCAGCAAAUUCGAGAAAAAUAGGCCUCGCUGUUAUGAACUUAGGACCAGCGAAAAUGUGGUAUGUUACCCUCAAUCCUAAGCCUACCACCUGGAUUAGAGCAAAUGAUGUCGACGGUUUUAAGGAAUUAUUCCUCGCUAAAUACGCGACAGAGGCAAAUAAAGCUCAGGCAUCCCAACAGGCGCAAGCAAGAACACAAAGACCUACUGAAACGGUAAACGAUUACUUAAGCGCAUUGGAAGAAAUUUGGAUGGAAUGCGGCGACGCUGCAGUCAUCCCAGAAUGGAUGAAAGUCAGCCAAUUCACUAGUGAACUAUUGCCAGCCAUUAGGUUACCAGUUAAGCAACAGGCACCACAGACCAUGGCUGAUGCCGUUCAAGCCGCGACAAAUUGCUAUUACGCGUUGCAGUCGACAAUGCAACCAUCACAUAGUGCGGAAGUCAAUAACGCGCUACUAGAGAAAAUUUCGGCAUUAGAAGUCCAAUUGGCAGAAUUGAAGACCUCUCCGGCUAAUGCGAGCAAUAACAACAAUCGGGGAUUUCAACAGGGUAGCAGUAACAACAGACGAAGGAAGAAAGCUAAAUUGGGCAGUACCAAGACAGAACAAUCAAGGACAGGAAAAAGGUCAGCCACGUCAGUAGAGGGCUCUGACAGUGGCAAUCGUAUAAGACCCUCACAAGGAGCAAAGCAGUAUGGGGACUCUGACGUUUCAGGACCUACAUAUUGUAGCGCUUUUGUAGAGGAAGUGGAGAGUAGGAUUCUAGUCGAUACUGGAUCCUCAGUGACAAUUAUUUCUAGUGAACAUUUUCGAUCUUAUCACUGGAAGAAUGAAGAAGAAACCUAUCCUUGA